GAAAGUAAGAAUGCAAGUUGACAGUUGAUUGUUUGUUUUCGGAAAUUGCAUAUUAUUGUAUUAAAUAAUCGAGUAUGGACAAUACGAAUAAUAACUGGCCCGAGGAAUUUUCUGCACUCAAGAGUAUCGAGGAUUCCUUAACAUGCGGAAUAUGUUACGAGUUCAUGGAAACCGCAGUGAUGACACCAUGCUCUCACAAUUACUGUUCCCUCUGCAUCAGAAAAUACCUAAACUACAAAAGCGAGUGUCCCGCUUGUUUCAACCAAGUUUUCGACACAGACCUCCGAGUUAACAGAACCCUGGAUAACAUCAAACAAAAUUUUCUAAAAGUCCGUGACAAAUUGAAACUCUGCAUGAAGGGAAUCGGGUCAGGCCUCGAACUUACAGUCGUGAACGAGCCUGCUUCACCAGUAAAAUCCCGGUUGAAUCAAUUAGUUUCUACUCCAAAGACAGGAAAUAAAAGUCCCGGCGGUAUAACCAGGUCCGAAGAAUUUACGACUCCGAUCAGAUCAACACGAGUUAAUAGUAUAAUCUCGAGUCCUUUCACGCCAAAUAGAACUGGAAAUAAAUCGGCACAAGAUUAUGAUUCUUCGAUGCUUAUGUUUAGUCCCAGUACCAGUGGGAUUGCGCCAAUUUUUAAUCCGGUGAAAAGCAAAACUCCUUUUAAAAGGGAGGAAAAUGGACCGACUGUUCCGUGUCCAGUUUGUACUGUCAAAAUUUCCGAGACUCAUAUCAACAGACAUUUGGAUGACUGCUUGAAACGGGAAAGCAACACUUCAGGACCAAAGAUAAAUGAGUCAAAGCUAAAGGCAAUUCCAAAACUAGUUCUUAAUCUUAUGAGAGACCCCGAAUUGCGAAGAAGACUGAAGGAAUAUGGACUCUCGACUGCAGGGGAUUCAAAAGCAUUGAAAACUCGACUGAACAAAUUUUACAUUCUUUACAACGCUGAGCGUGACAAACCGGUUCAAAGAUCGCUUCUUGAAAUUUCGAAGCAAUGCGAGGAUGAAGAACAAAUUGAAAAGAAGGUGCUAGUAUCAAAUUCCGGAAAUAUGUUGGCGUUUAACAAGUCCCAAAUUCAGAAAUCGCUGAAAGGACAGAGCGACAAUUACUGUGAAACGAAUAAAAGCAGUUUUGAAAAACUAAUCGAGCAGGUAAAAAGUCGCAAUCCGAAGAAAAAAUCGAAUACCGAUUCGAAUGAAAGAGAUUUAACGUCGUCCGGAAACGAGGAGCAAAUUUCCGAAACCGCGAUCAACGUCUCAAACGAUUCCGAUUCAGGAACAUCUUCUCUUCUGCAACAAUAUCCGAGCGAAGGUCCAAUGAAGUUCCUCGAAAUUCAAUAUUCGGGCAGUGACAAUAUCAGAGAGAUUCCCGAAAAUUCCGAGGCUGAUUCCGUCAUAGAAGGAAACAGGAUCGAGUCAAUUGACGAAGAAACAAAUUUCACCAGUCCAGGAAAAAUGGAAUCGAGAUUUCGAAAUCCGGAAGAGAAACUCGAUUCCUCAAGUGCUUCCAUGUUCGAUGACACCUCCAAUGAAUCGGAAAUCGGUCCUCCAAGUCCGAUUUUGAAUAAGAAACCUUCUGCAAAAAAAUUUCCAAAUUUGGAGAACAAUUGUGCUUCUUCCGGUAGUGAUUUGAUUGAUCCCCAAAAGCCAAAAUGUGCCUAUAAAGGAAAAUUUACACCGAAGAGGCCUAAAAUGUCCAAACUGAAUUUCAAUAUCGGUAUGGGAAAUCCUCUUCCGAAAAAUAUCCCUGAUAUUGAAGCAUUGGAGGAACUUUUAGAAAAUAAGGGAGAUGAGCUUAAAGAUAUUUCCUUAGAUGUUUCGGAUGAUAGUGUUCCUUCUAAUACGAGCAAGGGUGCUGAAGAAAUUGAAGAACCGCUGGAAACCUCAAAGACUCCAAGUGAUGAAGAGACUCUUUGUGGUGUAAAUGGAGAUAAGGAAAAUGAGCCUCUCUGUCCAGAAAAUGAGCAAGUAGUGGUCCCACGAUCAACGCGAAAAAGAGGUCGUCCUUCUCGAUAUUUAGACGAUGAAGGAUACGCUCCCACGGAGUCAAAUCUUCCCCUGAAAAAUGUAUUCAACGAGUCCACGACUUUUGAAGUUGCUCUUGAUGGAACUUUAGAAGAGAUUGAAUCUCCACCUGAAAAAAUAUUAAAACGCAGAAGAGGGAGGCCAAAAGCUCUUUCGCCAACCUUGCCAUCAGCAGUAGAAAUGCCACAAAGAGUUCUGCGUAGAAGACUUGGUGAGUCUUCGAAAUCCGGCCUAAAUAAUUCCUAAAAAUUGUGAAACUUUAAAAUUUUCACGAAUAAAAAGGACAGGUGGCAAGAUGUGCGUCGCUGAUUCAACUGGGCGACGCACAUCUCGCGACCUCUUGUAAAUUCUCUCGUAUGUUUUUUUAACUUUGUGCUUGGUUUGUUCAUUAAAAAUUAUUUUUUUCAUAUGACUUUAGACUACGAAGGAAAUUAAAUAUCCUGAUUUUAUGCAGAAAUUGAUUUUUGCAUUGUCGUUUUAGUUUACGAAAUUUCUUUGAAAAAGGACCUAAGAGGUACUAAAAUUAUGUAUACAAUUUUUCGUCUCUAUGAAUGAUUUUUUGUCGUUGUGAGAAACUCACAAAUUUACAAGGAGGUCGCGAGAUGUGCGUCGUGCAAUUCAAUCGGCGACGCACAUCUCAUGACCUCUAUUUGAUGUGCGUCGCUAAAUAAAAUGGGCGACGCAAAUUCUGUGACUUCUUGUAAACUCUUUCUGGUUUUUUAAACUUUGUGCACGUUUUGUUAAUUAAAAAUUAUUUGUUCAUAUGACUUUAGGCUACGAAGGAAAUUAAAUAUCCUGAUUUUGUGCAGAAAUUAAUUUUUGCAUUGACGUGAAAGUUUACGGAAUUUGUUUGAAAGAGGACCUAAGAGGUACUAAAAUUCUGCAUAAGAUUUUUCGUUCAAUUGAUUGAUUUUUUUGUGAGGAACGCUUUUGUCUAGGGUCAAAAGAAUUAAGGACCAAAAAUAAGAAUGUGGGUAUGUGUUGGAAUAUUAUUUAUUUAUAACUCAUUGCUAUAAUUGGCUUCUUGGUUUGAAUUAAGAAUUGAAAACCAUUCGUGAAGAAAACGCAUCGUCAGUUCAAAUCUUAUGUACAGUAUAUGUUAUAAUAAUAAUUAUUUUCUUCUACUUUUAAGAAUAGAAUUAUUUUUUAUAGAUUAGUGCAAUACAGUUUGUGUAACAACGAAUGUGUGGAUGAAUAUUUUUUUGUAAAAUGUUCAUAUUAUCAGCAGUGCUUGAAGUUUAUUGAAUAAAUUCAUUGCCAAAU